ACUUGUAGAUUUUCGCAGAUAUGGUACCGCCCGAAUCCGCAAAUUCACAGACCACUGUGAAGGACGAGGUCAUCGUCAUCGAGAAGCGAAAGCAACCUGUGUGGUUGGUCCCGGUCCUCAUCGUAUCGUUGGUUACCCUGGGCACGACCAAUUCUAUCACUGGGAAGAUCCGUGCUGAGACUCUGGGGGAAUACUCUGGUUUGGUCACCAACAUCAUUGGUCAAGUUGUCUACUGCCUUUCGUAUUGGUCGAUUUUUGCGGCGGAGUGGUUCAGUGGGAGAGUCAGUCGUGAGGAAUUCGAGUGGGUUUGGAAAUUCCAAGAUGAUACUACUGCUACCGGUGUGAAGGGAUUAUGGCGUCGUUUGCCUGGUUGUAAAUACACAUUUCUGGCAUCUUUUACUGAGGUUCUUGGAGACAACUUGAUGUACUUGUCACAAGCGUACAUUUCCAUCGUCGUGUUCAGCCUGUUGCAACAGGGUAUGGUCCCUUUCACUCUACUAUGGUCACUCAUUUUCCUCGCAGUCCGUUACAUUUUGGAGGAGUUAUUCGGAGUGGCGAUAGUUGUUGGCAUGGCCGUAGGGUCCGCAGUGGUUGCGGGUUUCGACGGUGGUUCUACCAGUAUUGGCAUGUCCAUUGUGUGUCUGAUGUCUACGAUGUUUCAAGCAUUGGCGUUUGUUAUCAAGGAGAAAAUGUUCCGAAACUACACUCAGUAUGCUAUCCAAAAAGGAUAUAAGAACACCACUCUGGACGUCUUUGCUUUGAGUAGCUCCAACCACACAUUCGGUGUCCUCUGGGUUGUCCCUAUAGCGAUCGUCGUUGAGAUGAUACGCACUGGUGAAGACCCUGGGAAACGACUCAGUGAUGGUUUCCACGCUCUCGCGACCAACUCGUAUGCUCCUGAGGCGUUUACUAUUUAUAUGGUUAUUAACGUCUUGUUUAAUAUCUCCAUAUACUUGCUGGUGUCGUAUGGUUCUAGUUUGCUUACUUUCAUAUCGUAUAAGCUCACCGUGCCGUUGACGGCAAUUUUCUCUCUGAUAAGUUGGCCCAUCAUUGGAGCUACUAAGGUGACUUGGUUCGAAUGGAUGGCAUUGGUCCUCAUUCUGAUGGGAAUUAUCAUAUUCCGUCAUGGCAAUAUUAAACGAGAACAACUUGAGGAAGAAAAUAGAAUAGAGGCUGUAUUGAGUAAAGUCAGUUUUAUGUCGGCUGGUGACACCAGGGUCAUCCCCAAGUGA